GUUGAGGUUUAUAAGUAUCUGGGGGGUCACUAUUGUGGUUACUCGGACAAAUGCAGCGCCACUGUGCUGGGAAACCUGGAGGCGGACGAUGUGAGAGCAAAAUGACAUGGAAGACAUUGUCAUGUGGGUUGUCAGUACUUAUCCCAUGACCGACAAUGGACCCUGUGGCUCCCUGCUGGGUGGGCAGCGCGUUUCUCUUCAUCAGCUCGGACAAGGUAGAUCUACCAGAACUCUAUCAAGACCCACAGAAGCAGCUAAAGAUUUAUAAAGCUCUCAAGCUGUCUCUUGCAGAUGCCACCGGCAGUGGUGGAGGUUGUGAAAUCCUGAAAGUUUACGGAAGUGCUUUUGGACUUCAGCUGAAGUUUACAGAGGAAGUAAAAUGCAGGAAGUUUCUCCAAAGUUACGAAACGGGCAGACUGCAGAAGGCUUUAGUGCAUCAUUUUCAAAAUCAGAGUGUCCCCAGUACAGUUUUCACAAUGGAGCUGAAGGCUGGCGUGGUGACCUUAGAUGAUAUCCUGAAUGAGCAAGACAGCUGCAUAAAACACAUCAAGGAGAAUGAGCCCAAUCAUCUCCGAGAUGAUGACGUUAGCAGAUUGGAACAGGACAUCAGGCAGAUGGUACUAGAAUACAGUUCCCACUGCCAAGGCACCAGUGUCCAGUGUGAUGGUCCUUCUGAAGGAUAUUCGGUAUCUGAAUCUCCAAUCUCAUCCUCCGCACCUUUAAUUGCAUCGCCAACUUCAGCCCAAACGAAUGGGAGUCCAUUGCCGUUGGCGAACUGUUUUGAAUUUCAGGGUGUUUUUCUUUGGUGAGUGUUGCCUCAUGACCGUGUUUUGAGUACACAGGAUCACGAUAACUUUGCCAAAUCCGUGGGCACGAACUGGAAGCAGGUUGGCCGAGUCUUACAGAAAACGUGCCGAGGCCUUCGUUAUCCAGUCAUUGACAACAUCGCCUUUGAGUACGAGCGGGAGGGGCUGUACGAACAGGCGUACCAAAUGCUGCUCAAGUUUAUUCAGAGCGAAGGGAAGAAGGCCACAAUAAGUCGACUGAUCAAAGUUUUGGAGAAAAGUGAACUGAUUUGGGUAGCUGACCAGUUGUUGAACAAUAAUUAGGCGGACGAAAAGCGCACGCAAGAAUGGGCAUUGCAAUACUCUAUGGUGGGGCAAAAAACUGUAUUCGUAAAGGUUUUAUUUCUUGCAUCAAAAGUUAAUCAUUCUGUGUAAAGUUUGGCUUAAUCUCAUUUAUAAUUGAGGUGAGGCUUCCUUUAGUGUUCAAAGCCAUUUAUUUUUUGAACAAUCGGUUAAUCCAGUUCUCAUUUUUUACAUGUAUGAGGUUUUAAUUACUAUACAGUAUUUUCUGCACUGAUUUUACACGACAAGAUAUACACUUGUUAGAUUGAGGGAGGGGGUUAUACUUAAGUAGGUAGAGCUCUAAGACUUUUUCCUAAACUGCGUUUACAGAGAGACUGCAAUUUUGCAGUAUAUAUUUUUAUGCUUUGUGUUUCUUUGUGCAAAGCGACAACUUUAAACCGAGGCAGUUUGAAUUGUGGUCACAUCGUUCCAAGUUACUCUUUUUUGUGAGAUGAUCCUCUCUUGUGCUGGCCGGCUGUGAGACGUGGGCAGGAGCAGCCUUGAUCCAAUUCCUGGUGGAUCCUGGCCUGCAGCAUGCAGUUGUCCUACAUAUGGCACUAAUUAGCCUAAAUAGACUGAUGCCGCUUGGACAGCAUGAAGUACACCAGGAAAUGGAUCGGAUUAUGUAGUCAGGGAUAAAGUCGGGUGGGAUUGGGGAACUGAUACAUCAAGGGGAAAUAGCACUGGCAGGUUUACCCUAUAUCCAUCUGCAUGGCUUAGGUUUAUUAUUGUCACAUGUACUGAGGUACAGUGGAAAGCCUAGUUUAGCAUGCUAUCCACAUUGGAUAUACCAUAUAUAGAUACAAUCAAUUCAAGCUCAAGCACAAUAAAUAGAGCAAAAUACAGAGUGCAAAAUAUAGUUCUCAGCAUCAUAACACAUCAAUUCCUUAGACAAAGUACAAUGGCCCCAAUGGGGUGGAGGUGAAUCGAACGCUACCCAAGUUAUAGAAGGACCAUUCAGAAGCCUUCCUGGAAAUGACGGACACCAACGUAGUUGGCCUAAAUGAGAUGAGUUCCGCUCCCCAGUUCUUGAGAUCCUUCGCUUUGAGGCAUAAAUUAUUUUUUUGCUAAAUAUCCUACUUUGAGGAAGGACGUCCUUGUGAUUGAGGCAGUGCAGUGUAGGUUCACGAGAUCGAUCCCUGGGAUGGCAGGACUGUCAUAAGUGGAAAGAUUGAAACGACUCUGCUUGUAUUCACUGGAGUUUAGAAGGAUGAGGGGGAAAUCUUAUAGAAACUUAUAAAAGGACUGGACAAGCUAGAUGCAGGAAAACAUGUUCCCAAUGUUGGCUGAGUCCAGAACCAGGGGCCACAGUCUUAGAAUAAAGGGGAGGUCAUUUAAGACUAAGGUGAGAGAACCUUUUCACCCAGAGAGUUGUGAAUUUGUGGAAUUCCCUGCCACAGAGGGCAGUGGAGGCCAAAUCACUGGAUGGAUUUACGAGGGGAUAGAGCUCUAGGGGCUAAUGGAAUCAAGGGAUAUGGGGAGAAGGCAGGCACGGGUUAUUGAUUGGGGACGAUCAGCCAUGAUCACAAUGAAUGGCGGUGCUGGCUCGAAGGGCCGAAUGGCCUCCUCCUGCACCUAUUUUCUAUGUUUCUAUUCUCUAUUUUGAUUCCAUGCUUCCCUUUCUUUAGAAUAGAUAGAAUAGGUUUGGAUGGAUAUGGGCUAAAUGCAGGCAGGUUGGACUAGUGUAGAUGGGGCAUAUUGGGCGGCAUGGGCAAGUUGGGCUGAAGGGCCUGUUUCCACACUAUGAAUGACUUAUCGCAGAGAUUUUUUUGACAGUGUGAUCUGUCCCCCCCCCAACACAUUCUCCCUGCAAGUCUGUGUCCAUGAUGAAAGAUCUAAUUCUGGAUGAUCACAAUUAUCCAGCAAGUUCACCUUGAACAGGCCAGAGAUUGCCCAAGGCCACCGAUGAGAUUGGAGAGUUUGCAAUUAUUAAUGACUCGAAUAAAAAUCCAAACUCUCCUGA